UAGCGGACAGACAAAAAGAAGACAGACCCAGGGAAAUGAGUGACAUGGUUUUUCGUGAUGAAGAUGUCAGCUAAGAUCCAAAAAACAUUAUUUCAUUUUCGAAAGUUUCCGCGACUACAAUAUUUCCUUGUCAGUGCCGCGAAGUAAAAUCAAAAUAUCUCUGUUUUCUAUUUACUUGUACGUAUCUUACAUUAAACGUCAGUGACUCGGCGAAUCGAGUCAAUUAAAUACAAAUACAUAAAAAAUAAACAACAACAGAACGUCUUGAUAACCUCGGAAGGUUGAAUAGUUUGAAUCCCACUCUCAGUCGCGCUAGCCAAUUGAUCUCGUAACAUGGUAAGUUAUGUUUAUAAUAUUUAUAUUUGUGAAGUUUGUUGUUUGAAUAGUUGACUGAGGAAUCAUUAGCUAUGAAAAUACAUUGGGCUUUAUAAUUAUUUUAGUAUCGUUGAAGACGAUGGUAGCCUUAGAUGAAGCUCAGAACCCUAACAAAUGCCAUUACACUUUGGAAGAACAGGUACUAAGCUGUACAGAGUUGAAAACAGUCUCUGAUAUAGGCCGCCUUAUCAAAACAGGGACCAGUGUGAUUUUUAUCAGAGAAUCGCCGAACUUGUUAUUUAAACGCAACCAAUACUCAAAUCCAAUUUAUUCAGGACUAAAAAGUAUUCAGAUAUUGGACAGUGACAAUGUGAAAAUAGAACCAGGUGCUUUCAUAGGAUUCAUAAACAUCACAUACCUCAAGCUGAUCAAAACUGGGUUGGAAGAUAUUUUUGACAACAACUUUGAAGGACUGAGUUACCUUGAAGACAUGAAUUUGUCAAAUAACAAAAUUCGAAAGCUCAGUCCAAAAUCAUUCAAUCAUCUAGGAAGGUUAACAAAAUUAGACCUAAGUUCAAAUGAAUUACAAACAUUGCCUUCCUAUAUAUUUGAAAGUCUGUAUAAUUUGGAGCAGUUGGAUUUAACUAUCAAUCAUAUUAAAUUUGUAGAAAGUAAUGCUCUAAAUGGUCUUGAAAAUUUAAAAGAAAUAUAUCUGACAAAUAAUUCGUUGGAGCUGCUUAAUGCUAAAGAAUUCAAUAGGCUAGGUAACUUGGAAGUAUGUAUGUUGGACUCAAACAACAUCAAAUUUAUUAAAGGAGUAAUCAACUUGCCAAAAUUGAAAUUUUUUGAUAUCAAAGAAAACCAACUAACUCAAAUAGAAACCAAGACAUUUGAGAAAUGCUCUGAACUGAAAUCUCUAGACCUAUCUGGCAAUAAAUUGAAAGAGUUAACUGAGAUACCAUUUUUGGAGCUUAAACAUUUGAAGCAUCUUAACUUACACAAUAAUUAUGUCGAUAUUUCUAAGUUUACUGUAAUUAGUAAAGCUGUCAAUAUUGUCCAUAAUUGACAAGUAUGAUGUUGAGAGUAAGUAGAUUCUUAUCAUCAAUGUAUAAGUUUAGUUAUCUGGAUCUUUGAGAGCUAUUUGCAUUAUUACAGUUUUCAAAUAUAUUCUUACAAAAAUGAUUUAUACUAUUAUGUAUCCAUCAAAGAAUUUUUACUGUUUAAUAGACCCUAUUUGACUAUAAUAAAUAUAAGUUUCUAUUUAUCGAUGUUACAGAAUAAAAAU